AUGCCCUACAACAACGACUGGUCCAACUGCCUUCGUUGCUCCGGUCCGACCGUUGCGACUCAUAGCUUUCCGACGAAGGACUGCUUGGUGCGGCAUUAUCGUUCCCGCGGCGAUCAUCAUCGCGGCGAGAGCCGCUUCCGGUGCAUCUACUGCGAUUACCAGUCCAAGUACAGCUCGAAUGUGUACAAGCACGUGCGAAGAAUUCAUAAGCAUAUGCCAUUCUUCAAGCCAGAUCUAUCGCGGAAGAAUUGCCGGGGUUCGCAGUUUAAAGAAGCGUCCGAAGAACGCGGUCAGAGAUUCGUCUGUCCGAUGUGUCAAAGCUCGUUCAGUAAGAAGGGCAACAUGUUGACACAUUACAGGUAUGAGUGCGGGAAGGAGCCGCGGUUCCAAUGUCCCUACUGCGGAAAGAAAGACCGGAAGUCCUCCAACACGUACAGGCACAUCAGGACGUACCACAACGGCGAAAAGAUCCACGCGUACCGGCUGUACUGA